CAACUCGUUUGGGACUUUUGGUGACAAUACAAGGUUGAAGAAGGUUAUUCAGCGAUCAAUUUUCAGGACAAAUAUCACGUGACUGAAAGAGCCGGUUGUGUCCCUAGCGAAAAGGCAUACGACCCAAAGCGGACCGAAAAUCUGCUUUUUGGGAACGAACAGCCAUGGAAUAUCCUGAAGUACAAGAUUUCGAGGCAUCCGCCUUGGGUACAAAAACCUAUUGGGAUGCCGUGUACAAUCGAGAAAACACCAAUUUUAAAGAAAUCGGUGACAUUGGCGAGAUUUGGUUUGGAGAAGAUAGCGUGGAACGCAUGGUGGAGUGGGUGACUGAAAAUGUGAACGAUCCCAAUGCGGCUGUGAUCGAUCUCGGAUGCGGCAAUGGUCACUUGUUAUUGGAGCUUGCCAACGAAGGUUACAGUAACUUGACAGGUAUCGAUUACUCAGAGGCGGCUAUCGACCUGGCAAAAUCGGUUGCGGAUCAACGAGGAUUGUCCAACAUUCAUUAUGAGGCGGUCGACUUUUUGCAGGACGACAGCUGGCGUCAAAAGACAUACAACAUUGUCCUUGACAAGGGCACAUUUGACGCCAUUUCCCUAAAUCCUGAACAAAAAGCGGCCAAAGAGCAAGGAAAAGAAGGACCUAGGGAACGAUAUAUUGAAGCGACCCGAAAAAUGAUGGAUCCACAAGGCUUGUUCCUUAUCACAAGCUGCAACUGGACAAUGGAAGAAUUGAUUGAAAGCUUUAAACAUCAUUUCCGUUACCAUUCUCAUGUCAAAUACCCUACCUUCUCGUUUGGUGGCCAGACAGGAUCCAAGAUUUGUACAGUCGCAUUCGAACCAUUACCUCUAUAAAGAAAAAAGAAAUAGAGCAAGAAGCAAAUAGUGAACAAAGCAGUCGGUCUAAUAGGUUCCUCAUCAGCAUCAAAUAGCCCCGUGAUCAGCUUUUUAUUUAUUUGCAAUUGAUGAAUAGUUGUGUGAUAAGCUUAGAUAUUUUAAUGGCGAUUCCAUCCCUCAUUCUUUCCAAAGA